GCAGUGAAGAAGAUCAAAGACUCACACACAGUCUCUCUCUUGGUUUUCCCUCGCCAAUUUUAAAUCAUCUCAAAAGCACAACAAAAAGCUAAAGUCAUUCAACAAAAUCAAAAACAAUUCCACUCGAGAAAAGGAAAAGCAAACCGCCACAAACAAACAAACCAUGAUGAACAAGUUUUUCAGCCGCGGCAGGGACAAUGCCGCCGACACCUCACCGCCCUAUACGGCGGCGACGUCGUCCGCUUCGUCUCCGGUCACAGGCCCCGCGAGGCCUAUACGCCUUGUCUACUGCGAUGAGAAGGGGAAGUUCCGGAUGGAUCCCGAAGCCGUCGCGACGCUGCAGCUUGUUAAGGAACCCAUCGGGGUUGUUUCCGUCUGCGGUCGUGCUCGCCAGGGGAAGAGCUAUAUCUUGAACCAGCUCUUAGGAAAGAGUAGUGGAUUUCAAGUAGCAUCAACACAUCGGCCAUGUACCAAAGGGCUUUGGUUGUGGAGUACACCUUUGAAGAGGACUGCUCUGGACGGAACUGAGUACAGUCUCCUGCUAUUAGACAGUGAAGGAAUAGAUGCCUAUGAUCAAACGGGAACAUACAGCACCCAGAUAUUCUCACUGGCUGUCCUUUUGUCUAGCAUGUUCGUUUAUAAUCAGAUGGGUGGUAUUGAUGAGGCUGCCCUUGAUCGUCUUUCUCUUGUCACCCAAAUGACAAAGCACAUUCGUGUUAGAGCAUCUGGAGGAAAGAGUUCUGCAUCUGAACUAGGACAGUUUUCCCCAAUUUUUGUUUGGCUCUUACGGGACUUCUAUUUGGACCUAACAGAAGAUAACAGAAAAAUAACACCCCGUGACUAUUUGGAACUUGCUUUGAGGCCUGUCCAAGGGAGUGGGAGAGAUAUAGCUGCUAAAAAUGAGAUUCGGGAUUCUAUUCGGGCUUUAUUCCCAGAUAGGGAAUGCUUCACCCUUGUGCGACCUUUGAACAACGAAAAUGAUCUGCAGCGACUGGACCAGAUAUCGAUGGACAAAUUAAGACCUGAAUUUCGAGCUGGCCUUGAUGCUUUGACCAAGUUUGUUUUUGAGAGAACAAGACCAAAGCAAGUUGGAGCGACUAUGAUGACAGGGCCUGUAUUGGUUGGUAUUACUGAAUCUUAUCUGGAUGCUAUCAACCAUGGUGCUGUGCCCUCAAUUUCUUCCUCAUGGCAGAGUGUUGAAGAAGCUGAGUGCCGUAGGGCAUAUGAUUCUGCUACUGAAGUUUAUAUGUCUUCUUUUGACCGUUCAAUUCCACCUGAGGAGGUUGCUUUGAGGGAAGCACAUGAACAAGCAGUUCAAAAGUCAACGGCUGCAUUUAAUGCUAGUGCUGUAGGAGUUGGUUCAGCUAGGAAGAAAUAUGAGGGCCUUCUUCAGAAAUUCUUGAAAAAGGCUUUUGAGGAUUAUAAGAAGAAUGCAUUCAUGGAGGCAGAUCUGCAGUGCUCAAAGGCCAUACAGUCUAUGGAAAAGAGGCUGAGGGCAGCGUGUAAUGCCUCUGAUGCAAAGAUUGAUAAUGUUGCAAAGGUUCUUGAUGCUCUUUUAUCCGAAUAUGAAAAAUCAAUUCAAGGUCCAGGGAAGUGGCAAAGAGUUGCUGUCUUCUUGCAACAAAGUUUUGAAGGCCCUGUGCUCGACCUUACCAAGAGGCUAUUGCAAAAAGUUGAAUCAGAAAAGAGUUCUCUUGCUUUACAAUAUCGGUUGAUUGAAGAUAGGAUUGCCCUACUGAACAAGCGGCUUGAAGCCAGUGAAGGCGAAAAAUCCGAAUACAUUAAAAGAUUUGAGGAUGCCAUGAAUGAUAAGAAAAAACUAACUGACGAAUAUAUGAAUCGCAUUACUGAGUUGCAAGGCAAUCGUCGCUCACUGGAUGAGAGGUAUUCUAGUUUAUUAAAAACAUUGGACUCUACCAAGCAAGACUCCAUGGAUUGGAAGAGGAAAUAUGAACAGGUUUUAUCGAGGCAGAAAGCUGAGGAAGAUCAAGCAAGUUCCGAAAUAGCAGCCCUAAGGUCCCGGAGUGGUGCUGCUGAAGCAAGGUUGGCUGCAGCAAAGGAACAAGCUCAGUCGGCCCAAGAGGAGGCUGAGGAGUGGAAGCGAAAGUAUGAUAUUGCCAUGAGAGAGGCAAAAAUUGCUCUUGAGAAGGCAGCUAAUUCGCAGGAGCGUAAAAUUAUGGAGAAUCAAUUGAGAGAAGAUGCUUUAAGAGAAGAAUUUUCUGGAACUUUGGCUGAAAAAGAUGACGAAAUUAAAGAGAAAACCGCCAAAAUUGAGCAUGCUGAGAAGUGUUUAACAACUCUGAAAUUAGAGUUGAAGGCUGCUGAGUCAAAGAUAAGGAGCUAUGAUACAGAAAUAUCGUCACUGAGGAUUGAAAUUAAAGAGUUGACUGACAAGUUAAAGUCUGAAAAUGCUAAGGCCCAGUCAUAUGAGAGGGAAGCAAUGGUAUUUCAGCAGGAGAAGAGCCAUCUGGAGCAGAAGUACCAAUCUGACUUCAAAAGAUUUGGGGAGGUCCAGGAAAGGUGUACAACUGCUGAAAAAGAAGCUGCAAGAGCUACUGAAAUGGCUGAUAGAGCACGGGCUGAAGCAGUCAUUUCUCAGAAGGAGAAGAGCGAGAUGCAGAGACUGGCAAUGGAAAGACUGACACAGAUUGAGAGGGCUGAGAGGAGAAUUGAAAGUUUGGGUAGGGAGAAAGAUAACCUAGAAGGUGAGUUGCAGAGAGCAAAGGAUUCAGAGAAGGAUGCACUUGACCGAGCUAUGAAACUAGAGGAAAAGGUGAAACAGAGGGAGAAGGAUUUAGAAUCACUUUUGGAUAAGGAUAAAACACACCGACGAAAUAAUGCACAGAUUCUUGAACAACUUCUGGAAACAGAACGUGAAGCACAUACACAGGCAAAUAACCGGGCUGAGGCUCUCUCGCUGCAGCUACAGUCUGCACAAGCCAACAUUGACUCUCUCCAUCAAGAGUUGACUAAAUAUCGUCUGAAUGAUAGUAAGCUAAAAACUGCUUCUGGUGUUGGUAAGCGUAUGAGGGUAGAUGACGACCUUGGUGCAGAAUCUGUACAAGACAUGGAUAUGAGCCCCAGAAUUUUAAGGGGAACUAAAAGAGCUAGGAGUACAUCCUCUCCUCUUAAACACUCGCAGCCAGAAGAUGGUGGUUCCAUCUUUGAGGGUGCAAAUGAUGAUCAUAGUCAGCAAACAAAUGAGGAGGAUUAUAAGAAGUUCACUGUACAGAAGCUUAAGCAAGAGCUGACAAAGCAUAACUACGGUGAUCAGCUGCUUCGAUUGAAGAAUCCUAACAAGAAGGAUAUCAUUGCUCUGUAUGAGAAAUGUGUUCUUCAGAAGUCAUAAUGUGUUCUUCAUGGAUUCACUCCCUCUUGGUCUUGUCUAAUUCUCAUUUGUGCCUUGGGUGCUGACUUAUAGACUAGACAUAUUGUGUGAAUUUAACUUUUCUUUGAGUGAGUGAUUUUACGUAUUGGGUGUGUUUACUUGGUUUGCUAGCUAUGAUUAUCGGCCAUAGAGAAUUUUAAAGGCCUUAUCAUUAUUAAUUGAUUGCUUGAGUUGAGUAGGGUGGGUGUAUUUAAUAUUUCUGUAUAGUUUUUCUUGUGUCCUACUUCUUUGUUUUGGUUCAGAUUUAAAAUAACUUAGUGAAUUUCGCUUCUUUUCACAGA